AUGGGCAGAGCGAUGGUGGCCAGGCUCGGACUGGGGCUGCUGCUCCUGGCACUGCUCUUACCUAUGCAGGUUUAUUCAAAUCAAACAACUGUUGUAACACCUUCAAAUAAGUCCUCCCAGCAUACCUCAGCUGCCCCCAGUCCAGCAAAUGCCACCACCAAGGCAAGUGACGGUGCUCUGCAGUCAACAGCCAGUCUCUUGGUGAUCUCGGUCUCCCUUCUACAUCUCUACUGUUAA